AUGUUUCCGAUGAAUUUUAUAGUGGGCAAACUUGGGAUGAAGGGACAAGAUUUUAAAGUUAACACGAAUGCCACUAUCCACUUAUUGUGUGGAUGCACAGAAAGCGACUCUCAAAUUAUGGUCACGUAUACUGUACUGGAGAUGGAUACACUUCCUGAUAUUGCUAAUUUGUUAUCGGCUGAAGUGAGUGAGAUUGAAAAUGUGAAUAAAGUUUUGCUUCGGAAUCCACGGUUUAUAAAAGUUGGUUGGGUUUUGUAUGUUCCGAUGUACAAGAACGGAGUUCCACCAUCACCAUCACUAUCACCGUUACCAUCAAAGAAAAGUUAA